AUGUCCACGUCUAUAUCAAGCCUAAAUAGCCUUUUUUCCUUUACAUCACCAGCUGUCAAAAGGUUGCUUGGUUGGAAGCAAGGUGACGAGGAAGAAAAGUGGGCCGAAAAAGCUGUAGAUUCUCUUGUCAAGAAAUUAAAAAAGAAAAAAGGAGCUCUUGAAUCCCUUGAGAAAGCCUUAAGUAAUCCUGGUGAGCCAAGUGAGUGCGUCACAAUUCCUCGGUCCUUGGAUGGCCGACUGCAGGUCUCUCAUCGCAAGGGCCUUCCCCAUGUUAUCUAUUGCCGUGUUUGGCGUUGGCCUGACCUUCAAAGUCAUCAUGAGCUUAAGCCCCUUGACGUUUGUCGUUUCCCCUUUUCUGCCAAGGAGAAUGAAGUUUGCAUAAAUCCCUACCAUUACAAACGUGUUGAAAGUCCAGUUCUACCUUCCGUUUUGGUUCCACGACACAGCGAGUAUCCUUGUAUGGGAUCAGUAGCCAAUGGUCCCUUGGCUGGGUCUCCUGGGACAAGUGGAAUGCCGCAUCCCUCUGUCCCACCCCUAAUGGCCUCUCCCUACGGCCUCCCCGCUCCCAGUGAACCCUCUAUGCCGUACAACGUAACCUAUCCCCAGGGUAUUCCACAAACAUCGCCUCUUCCAUCAACCACACCUGUUAGCAGUGGUGCAUCGCCGUCCACCGUUAUUCCACCACCUCCUGAUGCCCACCCGGUGACGUAUCAGGAACCAAAGUACUGGUGCUCAAUAGUCUAUUAUGAGUUGAACACUCGCGUAGGUGAGGCAUUCUUUGCCUCACAACCAAGCAUCGUUAUCGACGGCUUUACGGACCCUUCGAACAACUCCGACCGCUUCUGCCUUGGCCUCCUUUCUAAUGUCAACCGGAAUUCUACCAUUGAAAAUACGCGUCGACAUAUUGGAAAGGGUAUGUUCCUAUAA